AUGCUGUGGAAUGCGGUCAUUUUUGGUCCUGCGGACACGCCCUUCGAGGAUGGCACAUUCAAACUUCUUCUCACUUUCGACGAGUCUUAUCCCAACAAACCGCCUACAGUCAAGUUUCUGAGCCGCAUGUUUCAUCCCAACGUUUACGCAAACGGAGAGCUGUGUUUAGAUAUUCUCCAGAAUCGCUGGUCGCCAACAUACGACGUUGCUGCCAUCCUCACGUCUAUCCAGAGUUUGCUGCAUGAUCCCAAUCCCAAUAGCCCUGCUAAUGCCGAAGCCGCCCAGCUAUAUAGGGAGAAUAUGAAGGAAUAUGUUCGGCGAGUUAGAGCUACGGUGGAGGAGAGUUGGUUGGAUCCUGAAGAGCAGAGGCAAAUGUCCGAGCCUGAGGGAAACUCGGGUACAGACCAUUGA